AUGUGUAAACUUUGUAACUUAUUUUCACCAAAUCAAUCUGAACUAUUGUCUCAUGUCUCUGAGAAGCAUAAGGAAGAAGGGACCAAUGUGGAUGACAUCAUUAUUCCACUCCAACCUCUAACAGUACCCACAAACAUAAAAAAAGAAGAAGAGCUUCUUGUGAAGAGGAAAAGGGGCAGACCAAAAGGGUCCACUAAGAAGUUCUGUGUGGAUGAAGAUGUGGCAGAGAAUAACCCCGUUCCAAGUGAAGAAACUCCACCUGGGACAGAAGAAGGACUGGAUCUUUCUGAGGUCUCACCCAGCAGCUUGGAAUGUAGGAAAUGCAAUCGGAAGUUCUCCAACACACGUCAGCUGAGGAAGCACAUCUGCAUCAUUGUUUUAAAUGAAGCAGAGGAAGAAGGAGAUGGAGGUAAUCAUUCUGAAGUUGACCUUGACAGGAAGGAAGAUGAGCGAGAAAAAACUCCAAAGAGGCCCAGAAUUCAGAAAACAGAGAAACCUCCAUCAACUAAGGAGACAGAACAGGUUUCAGGAGCUAAAAAUCCUAUUAUAAGUGUGGUUUUGACAGCCCAUGAAGCUAUUCCAGGAGCCACAAAAAUUGUUCCUGUUGAGGCUACUCCCCAAGAAAGUGAACCCACAACUCCAGAAGCCACAGCUCAAGACCCCUCACAACGAAAAGGGUAUCAGGAAUAUGCUAUUCAGCAAACCCCAUGUGAACAGGCAAUGAAAUCUAGCAGGUUGGGUCCGACUCAGCUGAAGAUUUUCACAUGUGAAUACUGUAACAAGGUGUUCAAAUUUAAGCACUCCCUCCAAGCCCAUUUGAGGAUCCAUACCAAUGAAAAACCUUACAAGUGCUCACACUGCAGUUAUGCCAGUGCCAUCAAAGCCAACCUGAACGUUCACAUGCGGAAACACACCGGGGAGAAGUUCAGCUGCGAUUAUUGCACCUUCACCUGCCUCAGCAAAGGCCACCUCAAAGUCCACAUCGAAAGGGUUCAUAAGAAAAUCAAGCAGCACUGUCGCUUCUGCAAAAAGAAGUACUCGGAUGUGAAAAAUUUGAUCAAGCACAUCAAGGAAACACACGACCUUCAAGACAAAAAGGUGAAAGAUGUGUUUGAUGAGCUUCGCCUGAUGACGCGGGAGGGCAAGCGGCAGCUCCUGUACGACUGCCGGAUUUGUGAGCGCAUCUUCAAAAACGAGCUGGAUCGAGACCGUCACAUGCUUGUUCAUGGGGAUGAAAGGCCCUUUGCUUGUGAGCUCUGUGGUCAUGGGGCCACUAAAUACCAAGCCCUGGAGCUUCACGUGCGAAAACACCCGUUUGUUUACGUGUGCUCUGUGUGCCUGAAGAAAUUUGUCAGUUCUGUGAGGCUGCGUGCUCACAUCAAAGAUGUGCACGCGGAUUUGCAUGAGGCUUCUGUCUUUGAUAGUUCUAUCAAUCAGAGUUUCUGCCUCCUUGAGCCAGGAGGUGAUAUCCAGCCAGAAGCCCUUGGUGAACAGCUAGCACAAAGUGCAGAUGAACUGACUGUCACCAGUACUGAUGCUGUUAACACAGCACAGCCAUCUGCUUGUGAAGGUGAAUCCACAGCUGCAGGUGUAAACCAUAAUAGUCAACAUAAUGAUGACUUAAAAAUCAAUGGUGUCCCUUUGUUAGAAUUUGAAAAUCCUCCUGUGGAGAAUGUAACACAGACACUGUGUCAGACAACAGACAUAGCAGUCCCAACCAUUCAGUCCUGUGUAGCAGCUGAUUGCUUUCUGCUGAAAGAUGGUAAUUCUGGUUCUGAGGAGUUAAAAGUUUCUCCUGCAAAUGAAGAGGAAAUUAAUCACUGCAGUUCUGUAAAUGAGCAGGGUGAAGAAAUUCAGCUUUUGCUGACUGAAGACAAAAGUCUAAAUCCGAAUCAGGACAAUGCAGUGACCGGAAGCCUUUCAGUCUCUGAGGAGAGAAAGCAGUCUGUUCCUUCUAGUGAAUCAGAAACAGGCGAUCCACCAACUCAAAAUUCAUCAGAAACCACCGACCCUUUGUCAGCACCAGAGGCUAAUGCAGCCCUCAGUCCACAGGCAGCCCCUUCUCAUGCAGUUACAUCGGAGAGUGGGAGUGGAGCUGCUGCCUUUAUGCAGAUCCUGGACAGCUUGCAGAAGAGACAAAUGAACACAGAGUUGUGUGAGAGGAUAAGGAAAGUUUAUGGAGACUUGGAAUGUGAAUAUUGUGGCAAGUUGUUCUGGUACCAAGUGCAUUAUGACAUGCACGUCCGUACGCACACUCGAGAACAUUUAUAUUAUUGCUCCCAGUGCAAUUAUUCUUCUAUCACCAAAAACUGCCUCAAGCGUCAUGUCAUUCAGAAACACAGUAAUAUUUUGCUGAAGUGUCCCACAGAACAUUGUGACUACUCUACUCCAGAUAAAUACAAGCUCCAGGCACAUCUUAAAGUUCACACAGAGCUGGAUAACAAGAGUUAUUCCUGUCCUGUGUGUGAGAAAUCAUUUUCUGAAGAUCGACUCAUAAAAUCGCACAUCAAGACAAAACAUCCUGAGGUUUCAAUGACUACCAUUUCUGAGGUUCUUGGCAGAAGAGUUCAGCUGAAAGGACUUAUUGGAAAACGAGCUGUGAAAUGUCCCUACUGUGAUUUUUAUUUUAUGAAGAAUGGAUCAGACCUUCAGCGUCAUAUUUGGGCUCAUGAAGGUGUCAAACCCUUCAAGUGCUCUCUUUGUGAACAUGCCACUCGCAGCAAGAGCAACUUGAAAGCCCAUAUGAAUCGUCACAGCACUGAGAAAACACACCUUUGUGAUAUGUGUGGGAAAAAGUUCAAAUCAAAAGGCACUUUGAAGAGCCAUAAACUCCUUCAUACUGCUGAUGGAAAGCAGUUUAAAUGUACAGUGUGUGACUAUACAGCUGCUCAGAAACCACAACUCCUACGUCAUAUGGAACAACAUGUCUCUUUCAAGCCUUUCCGUUGUGCCCAUUGCCACUACUCCUGCAACAUCUCUGGUUCCCUCAAGAGGCAUUACAACAGAAAGCAUCCUAAUGAAGAAUAUGUCAAUGUAGGUUCUGGGGAGCCUGCAGCAGAAACCCUCAUCCAACAAGGUGGUAUUAAGUGUCCUGUUUGCAGCUUUGUGUAUGGUACAAAGUGGGAGUUCAACAGACAUCUUAAAAACAAGCAUGGAAUGAAGCUAGUGGAACAUGAUGGGGAAACCAAGUGGGAGUUAACUGCUGAAGUUUCUGAAGAAGCCUCCACUCAGUAUCUCCACAUCACAGAGGCUGAAGAAGAUGUUCAAGGUACUCAAGCUGCUGUAGCUGCAUUACAGAACCUUAGAUAUACUUCUGAAAAUGGUGAAAGGCUUGAUCCAACAGCUGUCAACAUCCUGCAGCAAAUCAUUGAGCUGGGUUCAGAAACCCAAGAUGCCACUGCAGUUGCUUCUGUAGUUACCAUGGCCCCUGGCACUGUGACAGUGCUGAAGCAGGUAAAAGAAGAGGAGCAAUCAGCCAAUCACACUUUGAUGAUUCAGAAGACACUGCAGCAGGCUUCUGUGGAGCUGUCUGAGCAGCAUCAUCUGGUAGUCUCAUCAGAUGAAAUGGAGGGAAUUGAGACAGUGACUGUCUAUACUCAGGGUGGAGAAGCUUCAGAGUUCAUCGUUUAUGUUCAGGAAGCUGUGCAGCCUGUAGAAGAACAAACUGUGGAACAAUCAGUGCAGGAGCUCUAG